GAUUUAAGCUCUGAUAUAAAAAUUUUGAAGAGGUUUGUCAUCUUUUUCCUUCUCCAGAACAUGAUGGACUGAUUGCAUUUUUGGUUCAUUUUUUAUUGAUCAUUGUUUAGGGUGUAGGGUUUUGUGAGUUGUGCUGGAUCAUGAUGAAUUGAUUCCAUUUUUGGUCAAUUUCUUGAUUGAUUAUUGUUGAGAAUGAAGGUUUUGUGGGUUUUUCCAGAACAUGAUGGAUUGAUUAUAGUUGGUCCAUUUCUUAAUUGACUAUUGCUGAGAGUGAAGGGUUUAGUGGGUUGUGCCAGACACAUGGUGGAUUGAUUCCAUUUGGGUUUAUUUCUUGAUUGAUUGUUGCUGAGGUUGUAGAAUUUGGGGGCUAUGGAAGAAGAAAGGAUUGAGGAGAUCAAUGUUAGGUUGGUGGGCAGAACUGGUGGUGGAGAUGGAUCUGCCUCUGCCCAAUGGGUUGAUGGCAGUGAAGUGGACUCUGAGUCCUCUCCAUGGUCACUGCUUGAUGAAAAUGAGAGUAGAGAAUCUAGAGAUGGGUAUAGAUCUGUCAAGAGAAGGUUAGUCAAGAAGCUCAAGAGGGUUGAUUCAUUUGAUGUUGAAGCCAUGGAAAUUGCUAGUUUUCAAGAUCACCAUGCCAAGAGAUGAAAUAUCUGGAUGCAGUGAAGAGGCCUAUGAUUCACUUUCAAUUAAUGAUGCUCGAAAAUUAUUGAUGUUCUCUUCCGACCAAGAACUUUUUGAGUAUAUCAAGGAGGAGCAUCCUGAGUGGGAGAUAAAGAAUGGGUUUGUAAUUUUCCAUAGGGAAAACCAAUCUUCACCUUGCAAGGACAUACCGUCUCUGCAACUAAUAAACCAGACACUCAGUUACGCAAGGGAGUUGGAGCGGAUAGUGUAAAAGACAUGCUGCUCCAGGGUUGUUUGUGCUCCUCACUCUAUGAUCUAUCUUCCUGAUGCAAAAUUAUAUUGCUUUGAAGAAAUUUCCCACCUUAAAUUUAUUAGACCUUUUUCUAUUUAAAUUUGUUCAGUAUUGGAAAGUACACAUUUAGAUCUGUUCCCUGUAGUGAAAACUGUUUUGUGUAAUUGCAAUCAUUCCAUGGGGUAAAAAUUACAACUGAACUCUGCCCAAUUGAAUCAGUUGCAUA